AUGUCGACAUGGGCAGCAAUGGCGGCGGCGGGUGCCAAAGCUUCAGCACCCGCUCCUAAGCAAGAAGAGGCAUCUUCCUCAACCAACGUCGCUUCCUCAUCCUCCUCUCAGCUUGAUGACGAGACUGCGUCCACCUCCGGCGUACGAACAAAGAAGCCGCGCAUCGACACGCUCAUCCUCGACGCAGGUGCCCUCAUCAUGCGCGCGCCCCUCGACGGCCUCGCCUCGGAAUACUACAUCCCACCGCGAGUGAUUGAGGAGAUCAAGCACGCCUCUGCCCGCGAGUACCUCGAAUCGCUGCGCCUGCGCCCCGAUUUCAAGCUGCACAUUGCUCAGCCGGGGCCUGCGAGCAUGGUCGCUGCGACCGAGUUCGCAAAGAAGACGGGUGACAUCGGCGUGCUCUCGACGCAGGAUUUGGAGGUCAUUGCUCUGACAUAUGAGAGAGAGGUCGCGAGGCAUGGCAUGAAGCGCAUCAGGACCAGCCCGGAUGGCAAGAGAGGCGAGGCUUUGACAGCAGUUGCUACCGGUGAGGAGAGCAAGGAAGCUUCCUCUUCGACGAAUGACGCGAAAGCAGCCCGUCAAGCGGCCAUCGACAAGAAGCGUCAACAGAAGGCAGAUGCAAAGCAGAAGAAGCUCGAGGAGGAAGCUGCUGCGCUCGGAAUGACGGCCGAUCAGCUCGUAGCUCAGCGCAUCAAGGAGAAUCGAGAGAAGAAGGCGGCGAAGAAACAGGCCAAAGAUGCGUCAACAGCAGCAGCACCAGCAGCAGAGCAGGAUGCCGAAGCAACUUCAGCACCCGUCCAACAAGACGACGACGAGGAUCAACAGCCUGCAACGCAGCACGAGUCAGGACCGAGUCAGGGCUGGAUCGAAGAAGGAGACUUCACCGACGAAGACUCGGACGAGGAAGGGGACGGUGCAUGGAUCACCCCAGACAACGUUCAGAGGGCGAAGAACCUGAGCAUGGGUUUUGUGUCGGACAACCGCAUGCCUGGUUUCAAGUACUCCGAGCAGGUCAAGGACGACGUCCCGGAGCCGGCUGAACUGCUGGAACCCGAAGAGCCGCUCGAAGAAGGCUGGUCGCGCGUCGAGUCUUCCAGCAAGUCCAAGCCCAAGCCGACCAAGACGCAUCCGUCGCGCGACUACAACGACCCUUCGAUCCAAUCGCGCCCUUCGCUGUCCUGGAACGCCAACGGCGACUCUUCCGCCGCCGGCCACAUGACAGUUGCGUGCAUCACGGGUGACUUUGCCGUGCAGAACGUGCUCCUGCAGAUGGGUCUGUCGCUCGUUGGCGUGCACGGAUCGCGCGUCCGAGCCGUCAAAUCGUUCGUCCUUCGCUGCCACGCCUGUAUGAAGGUGUGCAAGGACAUGGAGAAGAAGUUCUGCCCCGUCUGCGGCAAUGCUACGCUCACAAAGGUCGCCGUCACUGUGGACGACACCGCCAAGGGAGGCUUCCAGCUGCACCUCAAAAAGAACUACCGAUUCAAUCUGAGGGGCACCAAGUACUCGAUUCCGGCGCCCAAGGCGGGGUCCGCAUCAGGUGGAAAGACCGGCGGGUCCGGGUUGAUCCUGAGGGAAGACCAGCUGGAAUGGCAGCGCGCACUGGCAAAGGAGGCGAGCAGGAAGAGGAAGGAGGAAAGGGCACUGGAGAAGGCCAUGCGCGCAGGCAAGGAUUCGUUGUCGGUGAGAUACGAGGAGGCUUGGGAUACGGGAGACAUCUUUUUGGGAAGUCAAUUUGCUGCGAGGGACAAGAGCAGUUUGCCGGUCAUCGGACACGGGAGGAAGAAUCCGAAUGCAAACAGGCGCACUCGCAAGUAG